AUGGCGAUCGCCGUUCGCAUCUUGCUAUCUCUGUUGCUCUUGGCCGUCUGGAUGGCCCAAAGCGACAUUGUCCGCGCCAACGUCGACUCGGUGGACGAGACGGUGGCGCGCAGAGAGACCAAGCCGGACAAGUAUCGCCGCCUUUCCAAACAACAAGUUCUACCUAUGCUCGUUCCGACCGCAGGGGGCGAGUCGUGCCAAGCUUUCCACGGAGACGAAGCACAAACACCCACCACGCCACCACCAGCCACGCCGUGGCAACGGGCCACCGGGCCGGGAUCAUUCGACAAGUCGUAG